GAGACACACGCAAUUCGAGACUGCUGGAAAGCCGAAAGGCUGGGUAUUGGUUUCCUCAGACAACGGUUGCUUCCCCUUUCUGAGCUCAGAGACGCAGAGAAUCCUCGGCAGGAUGGACCGCAGCGAGAGCUACGUAACUGUGAAGUUGGGAAAAAAGGACACACGGUCUCCUUCCCGAGCUGAACCUGAUGUAUUAUACGCGCAAGUUAAUUUCAAGACCCCCUCGGCGUCUCGGGUCCAGACAGAUAGAGACGGUCUGAACUCCACCUACUCAGAUCUGAACUUUCAGAGAAAGGAAACCCGCAUCGAUGAGGGCGAAGGUCCUCCCAUUGCCUCGGGAUCCAGCACAGCACAAAAAGCUGCGCAAGAACGGGAGUCGAAAGUGAAGAUCGGAAAUAGACCGUACCGUCUGAUCUGCCUACUCUGCCUAGUUACAUCCGCCCUAAUCGUGACAGUGGCCAGUCUCUCGAUCCAUGUGUUACAGAUUCGUCAGUCUAAGAACACCUCCGACCAAAACUGCCAUGAGUUAAACUCAACCCUUCAAUCCAAGCUUUCUGCACUCAACUCUAAUCUGUCCGUUCUCCGUCUCCAGUUCACUGAGAUGGAAACGAAGUACAGAUCUGUCAACGAAACCAAGGCUCAGAUCUGUGAAUUAUUGACCAGCAGAAGAGAGCAAACGUGUUCCGAGGACUGGGUCACCAAUGGAGAUCGGUGUUAUUACGCAUCCAAGUUUGAAACAUCUUCCCGCCAAGCGAUUCAAGAAUGUUCAAACCGUGACUCAAGGCUGCUGGAAAUCAAUACAAGGGAUGAAGCGAGUUUUGUAUCGCGCAGAGUUUUGUAUAAAACCUAUCCAUACUGGAUUGGAAAAUGCGAAGUCGGGAAUGUGAGCUUGGGCCUCAUGCACAAUGUGCCCCCGGGGACGUUCAACUGCAAAUACUGCGAGUCGUACGUAAGAGAUAGUCCUUGUAAACAUGUUCGUCGUUUCAUCUGCGAGAAGUCGGCACCUUUGUUCCCGGAUGUUCCUGCAAAGAUCCAGGGUCUCUGCCAACAGCCAGUGGAGUCAACAUAAAUCAAGGCGGCCUCACAACGUCUUGCCCACGGCAGCGUGACCUCCCGACUCCUGUACUCAGUGUGACUGGUGAAGACCGGCGGGUCAAGUGUCCUGUCCACCCUAUCGGAUGUUUUCCAGCGGAAUCGUUAUUUCAUUUAUUAUCUGAAGCUCAU